AUGUCCGAGCUUCAAGGGAUAUUGUUAUGCGCCGGGUCCGGGAACCGCAUGCCCGAGCUCACCGACUACAACUCUAAAUGCUUGCUUCCCGUUGCUGGUUAUCCGAUGUUUUGGUAUCCGCUGAAUUCGAUAAGCAGAACUGGAGUUCGAGAUGUCAAGCUUGUUGUGAAGGCUGAUUAUAAAGAUGCCUAUUGCGCAGUUUUGCAAGAUCCUGUUUUUCAAUGGAAUCAUAUGAAGAUUGAAGUCAUCACCUUGCCUGCUGAUCAGGAGGAUUGGGGGACAGCCGAUACGCUACGCUUCCUGCGUAAAAGCAUCAAGCUUGAUUUGUUGAUAGUUUCCGGAGAUUUUGUGAGCGAUAUGUCAUUGGCGCCGAUGAUUGAGCGCUUCCGUUGUCAAGAAGCGUCUGCCUGUAUGUUGUUUUCUGAGCAUUGCGUUUCGAUAGCUGCGCCCGGACCCAAAGCAAAGAAGCCGAAAGAAAGAGACUUCCUGGCAUACUGCGAGCGGGAUAAUAAAAUUGCCUUCUGUUUGACCGAGGAAGACUUUGACAAGCCCAUUAUUGCCGACAGUUGGGUAGAGAGCCAUAAGGAAGUGCAACUGACAGCACGAUAUCGGGACUGUCAUGUUUACCUUUUACGAAAUACGGUUUUGGACGUGCUGGAUCGCGAAACAACGAUGUCUUCUUUGAAGGUUGAUCUUUUACCUUGGAUCAUGGAGGUUCAACGGGAGACCGAUGGUAACGCUAAAAACCCCUGGUCAUGUGUCGGCUAUUUCCAGCCCCUUGAAAAUGGCACGGUCACUGCCCAUAGCAACAAUUUAGGCGCAUAUUUUGCCGUGAACCAGAAGAUGAUUAAAGCACUACCCCGUCUGUCAGCAAGGCUCUCCGCGGGGCAAGAAUUUAACUUCAAGGCGACCGGAAUUUCAUGUCAAGACAGUCGCGUGGGAGGAACUUCCGUGGUUGCUGGCGGUGCUGUCUUGAGAAGGAGUAGCAUUGGGGAAAACGUGUCGAUCGGCGAAAAAGCAGUGAUCGAGGGAUCUGUGAUAAUGGAUGGCGUUGAAAUCGGCAAAGGAGCUCGUGUUUCCAUGUCGAUUCUCGCUCCUGGUGUAAAGGUCAAGGAGGGCGCACAUGUAACGAAUUGCAUUGUGGCAAAUGAACAAAUUAUAGAGAAAAGCCAAAAUAUCCAAAACGAAAUCAUCGCCGCGGACGACAAUGACGAUUGGCACAAAGCAAGC